UGGCGUAAAUCGAACGGUAAAAUAUGUUAAAUUCCUUUUUUAUUUUUUUAAAAAAGUAGGACCCACAAAAACAAAGGCUCCCCAAAUUCGAAACGAAGUACUAAGCGCGAAAUUUGAAGCCAACACACAGAGUCUCUCUCUCACUCUCUCAAAACAAGAAAUUUGAAUCUAUCGAAGAAAAAAGAAAAUGAAUUACUUGUGAGAUUACUGAGGCUGCGUUUGGUUGCCGAGAAAACGGAGGGUUCUUGAUUUUGAGGGUUGAGCUCUGAUGGCAUCCAUAUGAAGGAAAAUUUUGAAAAAUUAGAAAGGAUGAAGGCACAUGUACAAAUGAAACCCAGAGGAGGAGGACCACCACCAUCAUCUAGGGUUAAUGCACAACAAGCUGUUUUUGAGCUUAAACAGAAAGUGGUUAAUGCACUUAACAAGCUUGCAGAUAGAGAUACUUGCCAAAUAGGUGCUGAUGAGCUUGAGAAAACAGCUCAGUCAUUAUCCCCAGAUGGGAUUCUCCCUUUUCUAUCUUGUAUACUAGACACUGACAAGGAGCAAAAAAGUUCUGUUAGAAAGGAAUGUGUUAGAUUGAUGGGUGUCUUGGUCCAUUUUCAUAACAAUCUUAUGGGUCCGCAUGUGGGUAAGAUGGUUGCUACUAUUGUCAAAAGGCUCAGAGAUCCUGACUCCAUUGUGAGGGAUGCUUGUGUUGAAACAAUGGGUGUUUUGGCUUCUAAAUUGAGUACUAGUCUUCAUCAUGGGGAUGAGAGUGGUGGAGUUUUUGUUUUGUUGGUUAAACCUCUCUUUGAAGCUCUGGGUGAACAGAAUAAGCAGAUGCAGUUUGGUUCAGCAUUGUGUUUGGCUAGGGUUAUUGACAAUACACAUGAUCCUCCCGUUCCUAUUUUGCAGCGAAUGUUAACUCGGACCAUUAAGUUGCUUAAGAAUCCACACUUCAUGGCUAAACCAGCUGUUAUUGAGUUGAAUAGAAGUGUUAUUCAGGCAGGGGGUGCUCCCUCGCACAGUGUUCUAUCUGCAGCAAUGACUAGUAUUCAAGAAGCACUAAAAAACAGCGAUUGGACAACACGCAAAGCAGCUUCUGCAGCAUUAGCGGAAAUUGCUUCAUGUGGUGGGUCUUGGCUGGGAUUGUUCAAGCCUUCUUGCAUCCGUUCUCUUGAAUCAUGCCGUUUUGACAAGGUCAAACCAGUUAGAGAUACAGUACUCCAUGCACUACAGUAUUGGAAAAGUCUUCCAGGGUCUGAUACUCCUGAACCCUCAGAAACUGGAUCUUCAAUAAAAGAAAUUUUUUGUAGAGGUGACUAUAGUGACCUUACCAGCACCAGUGACUCUGCAAGGAAGGAAGUUACACCAAAAAAAGCUGUUACUGACUUAGCUAAAAGAAGGAUUCCUUUAUCUGUUAAGAAAACAUGUCAAAACUACCUGGAUUCUCAGCAUCACAAGGCUGAUGACUGGCAAAUUGAAAUAGCAGUACCUAAAUCUCAUAAUGUUUCUUUAGCAGAUCUCCGUAAUGAGGAAUCUGAGGGUAGUUCCAUUACCAAGACAUUAGAAAGAAUCAACUCUGACACUGCAAGUACACUAUAUAAUGGGUGUGAGUAUGUACCCGUUGAUGACAAGCAAGAUUGUUCAUCAGUAUCCAACCUAGUUGCUGACAACUUUGAGACCAAGUUUGUGACAGUUUCCCAUGAGGAGGGUGAUAUGUCAAAGUUAAAGGAAAGAAAUCAAUGCCUUGCAGCUCAAGGGAUCAACAACGAGGAACAAACAUACUCUGCACAGAUUCGAGAUCGCAGGAGUCUUGAUUCUACAGUCACAGAGACUAGUUUUCAACCUUCACAUGGAUGUUGUUCACAGAUGGCCAAUGAAAUGGCUUGCGUUCAGAAACAACUUUUGGAGAUUGAAAACAAGCAGUCUAACUUAAUGGAGAUGCUACAGGUGUUUUCAUCUGGAAUAAUGGAUAACCUAUCUAUAUUAAGGUCUAAGGUAUCAGUUUUGGAGCAUGAGGUUGACAGAAUUGCUCAAGCUCUUAUGCAUGGGGCAAGACAUUCUGAUUCAGCAAUCUCAAAACUUAUGAAGCAGAAUCAAAGUGUUUCUUCUCCAAGAUUUUCAACAUCUACCCCAAGGCCAUCUGUUGACAUUCGCAAUAGACAAUCUUCAUUGUUAGCUGCAAAGAAUUCUGACAUUUGGGAGGAAAAAACAUACAAUAGAAGCAGAUCAAGCAAUUUGGCCAAACAGGGUACAGAGAUAUGGACCAAUCCUACUGCUAAGACGCAUAAGAAUGACAUAAGGACGGACAUGCAGAAAAGCACUGGACAGAGAGCACAGAGCAUGUGUUGCACAAGAAAAGUAGAUGCUGCCCUUGCUUCAGUUUCAAGUGCCAAUGCAAGAGAAAAUGGUCAGGUGAACAGCAGUUACUUGUGGCAACGUGUGAAAGGUUUUCUGUGUGAAGGGGACCUUGACUCUGCAUAUGUAGAAGCUCUUUGUUCCACUGAUGAACUUCUUCUAAUUGAGCUUCUUGAUAGAACUGGUCCUGUACUGGAAAGUUUAUCACACAAGACUGUUAGUGACAUUCUUAACACUUUGGCAUCUUACUUCUUAGAACAAAGAUUUACCAACUCUAUAGUCCCCUGGCUGCAGCAGAUGGUGGAUUUGAGCACAAUUCAUGGACCAGAUUAUUUGGUGCUCUCUGCAAAAGCAAGAAGAGAAUUCUUGUCUGCAAUUCAGGAGGCUGCUAACAUGGAAUUUUCUAAUCCUGCUGAAAGAAGAUCUAUCACUCAGCUUACAAUGAGAUUGUGCCAUCUCUGGGGAAACAGCUGCAGAUAAUUCAGUCUAGACGCAUGGCUUCCACUGCAUUUGUAUUUUUGCUUCAUUCAAGUAGGUAUUCAUGCAACUGAUGCUGAAUCUUGGCCUUUGGAUUUAUGCUUUUUCAUGGAAUGUAUGUUUUCUUGAAGAAAAAGAGUUUGUUCUGAAACUGGGGGGGCUGAAUUUAUGUUCCAUUGAUAUCAGUGGUUAAUGUGUUGCCUUGAGAUGAUGAAAAUACUUUAUGUAUUCUGGUUGCUGGAUAAUUAUCAGGCAUGUUAACAAGAAGCCAUUCUACACGGAUCACACCGUUGCGGCUUAAUUCCUAACUUUGUUGGCUUUCCUACUACAAAAGUUUUCAGCAUCUACUGUUUUUCAGCAACCCUACCAGAUAAAUGUUUGAUUUCUCAGCAUCUUUGAUC